CCCUCCUACUUCGAAACCCUAGUUGUUGGUGCGAUUUGUGAGGCGAUCGAUCAAUUAGGGCAUGGAUCGGAUCGUUGGGGGCAAGUACAAGCUCGGGCGAAAGACCGGGGUCGGAUCCUCCGGCGAGGUCUACGAGGCCACUCAGAUCGACACGUCCGAGCUCGUCGCAGUUAAGAUUGAAAAGGACGAUACUAGACGUUCCGAGCUAAUGGUAGAGGCUAAGAUGUACAACAUUCUUCGGGGAAAAAGUGGUAUUCCAAAAAUAAUGUGGUCUGGCAUGGAUCAAGGUGACGUUAUUCUUGUUCUUGAAUUGCUCGGUCCGAACCUUAAAGAGUUAGUGGAACUUUGUGGUGGAGAGUUCACACUAAAAACCGUUCUAAUUCUGGCUAUUCGGAUGAUUGAAAUACUAGAGUACGUGCAUUCCAAAGGGUUUUUGCACAGGGACAUGAAACCUGAAAACUUUGUUAUUGGUAAUCAUCGCAGAAGAGGCCAGAUAUACAUCAUUGAUUUCGGACUUGCAACAUCAUAUCUAGACCCUGCUACCAAUUGUCAUAUUCCAUGCGGGAAAACCACAUUAACUGGUACUGACCUCUAUGCAAGUUUACAUGCUCUUCUUGGCAAUGAGCAAAGCCGUCGAGAUGAUCUGGAAUCUCUUGGUUUUGUUUUUAUGUAUCUUCUUAAAGGAAGGCUUCCUUGGCAAGGACUUAGAGCUCUCUCAGUGGAGGAUAUGGAUAGCUUGAUAGCUGAUGAGAAGCGUUCACCUGAGGGUUUCUGCAAGUCUCUUCCGCCUGAGUUCCGAUCUUACUUCGACUAUUGCCGUUCCCUAAAAUUUGACCAGCAGCCUGAUUAUGAAUUCUUGAAGCACCUCUUCCUUGACUUGUUAGAUCGAAGAGUGAGCAGUUCCAGUGACUCGAAGAGCAAAGUUGCAACCUCUUCCAUUGGCAAUUCAUGA